AUGGGUUUGAAAAAAUUUUUUAAAUUGAAACCUCCUGAGGACGAUACACCCGAACAGAAUAGGAUCAAUUUACAAGAUAUUGGUGUCUCUGUUAAAAAUCCAAACAAGAAGAAACACAAUAAAUUUGCUGCAUAUGGUAAAUUCGCAGAAGAUAAAAAGAAAAAUUCCAAAAUUUAUGCUCCCCCAGGUUAUGAACAGUAUGCUAAUCCACAACAAGAAGACGAUGUGGACGAUUUCAACCAAGGUCCAGGCGAUAUGACUCCCGAUAUCAUCGAUUCAGGUAGACCACAAAAUUUAGACCCUUACGCCUCCAAUAGUACACCAUCGAAUAAUAGAAACAAUGAUCCAUAUGCUAUCAAUAUUAAUCAAGGUGGUAAUAGUGGUCCAUAUGGUGGAAAGGGGUACGGCAACAGUACCGAUCCAUAUAGCACAAAUAGAAAUGCUAAUGCAUACAGCUCAGAUCCAUACGCUAUUAAUCGUGGGUCCGAUUCAAAUGAAUCAAGGUAUGACUCUGCAGACCCGUAUUCCGCUAGAACCAGCAACUUUAACUCAGCAUAUCCAUCUAGUUCAAACAAUAAUUAUAGCAGCAGCGAUCCAAAUGAUUUGAAUAGUUCUCCAUACGACUACAAGUCUGCAAGUGAGAGUAAGAGUCCCUACAGUAUUAGUAAGUUCGAUAAUGGAAAUUCUCAGUCACAGGACCCGUAUUCCUCUAACUCUAGAUUCUCAGAUUCUAAUAAUGGCCUUUAUGCCACUAGACAAGACAGAAAUAAUUCUGAUUUGAACUCAACUGGUAGACCUAAUGACUAUUCGACACAACAGUCACGAAAUCCACGAAAUCCGCAAAUGAAGAGUGCUAAUCCUUAUUCAUCUAUAAAUCCAAGUGCAACAACAACCUAUGGUGCAAGUACAUAUAAUGAUAGAUCUCCAACUAAUCGCCAGUCACCACAAUUUGGUUCACUCCCUGGUGUGAUUCCAGCCGCUAUCCCGUCUGCUAUCCCGACUGCGUCUAUGCCUGUCAACACACAUUCUCCAAAACAAGCAAGUAGUGGAAGAAUAAACAUUGCAAAGGAUGCCAACCCAUACUCAGCGAUGUCUUCCGAUCAAUAUAGUACUCUCCAGACUACGGCGACUGGUAAUGCUAAUCCAUAUAGUAGAAGAAGUAAAACUUCGCAAGGCGACGGGUUGCCUAAAUUGGAUACUACCCUAACUACUGAUUUGAAUAGAACAAUAACCGAUAACGACGAUACCCAGGAUCUGAAUAAAGCAGAAUUUGAUUUUGAAGAUAACUAUAACUCAAAUAAAAAUGUCACUAACUUGCAAACUACAGAGAAUUCUCUUCCCAUAGAUGAGCUUAACGUAAAUGAUACAGCAGGGGCCGUUUAUGGAGGCGAUGAUUUGAAUGCAACAGUACAAGAACAAGAACUGGAACAACUACCAAGAAAUGAUAAUCAGAAUGCAUGGCAGAUGGAUGAGCAGCAACAAGCCUAUGAUUAUGAUUAUAAUGACCAAGAAUAUAAUAAUUUCGGUGGAGCAGCUGCGGGAAGAAGUUACAAAACUUUUGAAGAAAUUCAAAUGGAAGAAGAGCAUAAACAAAGAGCAGAGGAAGAAGAAGUCAUUGAUGAAUUAAAGCAAGAAAUUAAAUUCACAAAGCAAGCAUCAGUUGCAUCUACAAGAAAUACUUUGAAAAUGGCCCAUGAAGCCGAAAUGGCAGGUAUGAACACUCUUGGUAUGUUAGGUCACCAAAGUGAGAGGUUAAACAAUAUUGAAAAUAACUUGAAUUUAAUGAAGGUUCAAAAUAAAACGGCAGAUGAUAGAGUUUCUGAAUUAAAGAAUAUAAAUAGAAGUAUUUUUGCUAUUCAUGCUAAGAAUCCAUUCACAUCUAAGAGAAGACAAAUGGAGAAAGAAGAACGUCUAAGGGCUAGAAAAAUUGAAGAAAACUUGAUAAAUGAACGUACUAAUCAAACUAUGUAUAACUCUAGUCAAAGAAUCGAAAGUACAUUUAAUGGUUUGUAUGAGGCGCCAGUAAGUGAAACAAGAGAAAGGUACGCAAGAGAUGCUAUUCUGGAGAGAUCUAAGAAGUACCAAUUUGAAAAUGACGAAGAAGAUGACGCAAUGGAAGUUGAGAUUGAUAAGAACUUAGAUAGAGUUCAACAAGUUAGCGGUAGGUUAAAGAAAUUAGCAGUUGCUGUUGGUGAUGAAUUAGAUUCCCAAAAAGAUCGUAUUAACAAUAUUGAAGAUAAUGCAGAAGAUCUGGAUAUCAAGAUCCACAUGAAUACUAUUAGAUUAGCAAACGUCCGUUAA